AUGUCGAACUUAUGUGUUGAUCUCGCGGAUUUGAGUUUUAAUCAGCGCAAUACUUUGUAUGACCUUUCGAAUGAGAUAGCUGCAAAGUUUAAAGGAGAUAAGAAUACUGCGGAUUUUGUCCAGGAUAUUUUCAGGACAAUAACUGACGAAUCCUUCAAAAUCAGCAUUAAGUUUCUAGCUGAGACGCUUGAGUACACCGGCUUCUCUCCUGAGCAAGUAUUAAAAGAAUUCUUCAGGAGAGGAUCAGCUGAGGAGACUGAGUCAAAAACAAUAAUGACUAUAAGUUCAACAAAUAUCAAUCAGCAUUUGACCUAUAGCAGGAAGAAGGGCAGUGCUCCUCUGGGAAGAAAUACCCCAACCAUAGCAAGACUAGCUAGUUGCUUCCCUCAUAUUGUCUGUUACUUCCUAUCUCAAGGAGUCGGCAAGACAUACAUCGAUGAAUCAGUGAUAGAAAAGACAGCUGGACAACAAUUGCCAAGACUCAUGCUAUCUAACAUGUUUGUCAGGUUGGUUCCUCAGGCGGAGGACAGUGCUGAGUUAAUAGACUAUUUAUUGUAUAAGGAACCUGAAUUUCAGGUUGUUAAGAAUGAGAGUCGGAUAUCCAUUACUAAGGAUGGAAAUAACCAAUAUGCUAUGUGUUCGACUUCCGUAAAUACCGACUUGGUUCCUUGUAAAAAGGCACGGUUCGAUGUUAGUACCAUUAAGAGGAAAAUAGAUCACGUGCCAUGUCAUUCGAAUGAACAGUUAUUGGAAAAUUCGAAUGACGUUAUCAACUCUCCGGUAGUUUCAGAUGAACUAAAACAGAACCUCAGUCAUAGUAAUAGUAGUAAUAAUAACAAUGAUGAUGAUAAUUUGCUUGAGAGGAAAUUAGAGAUAACCCCUGAAAGUUGUAAUAUACCGAAGAACUUCAACUUAUCCGAUAAGGCCAAUAGCAUAAUUCUCCCAAUAAACUCGGUCAAUGUCGAUUCUCUACCUCCGAGUUCUCAUAAGGAGUGCAACAUCCUAGAGGGAUCUUUUCAGAUAAAAAAUUCACGAUUUGCUGAUUGUUUACUGAGGCAAGCUCAAAUUAACUAUGAUAGAGAUAGAGAUGUAGAUGUAACCUUAAUAAACGAUUCAGAUGAGAACACUACGAAUUAUAAUAAACAACCUACUAAUAAAGAAUUGACAAGCAAUUUCGACUCUACAGAAUUACUUAUUGCAGCAGUGUCUAAACGACCAACACUAUAUCUGAUUUCAGAAUCAAUUUAUCACAACGACCUAAGCAUCUUGUUCAUAGGUUGUGGCAAAAAGUAUUCGAGGAGAUUGGUGCUCAAAACGCUUGAGUACACCAGCUUCUCUCCUGAGCAAGUAUUGAAAGAAUUCUUCAGGAGAGGAUCAGCUAUUACUGUUGAUGAAACAUGGGUUAUCUAUGCAGAUGAGGAGACUGAGUCAAAAACAAUAAUGACUAUAAGUUCAAAAAAUAUCAAUCAGCAUUUGGUCUUGCCCAUCCUUUUCUGCGUAAUGAGAGGAACAGCUACCAAGAAGAUCCAAAAGCAAUGGGUAAAUCCAUUGAACUUCAUAUUCAAUGCGUAUAAGACCUAUAGCAGGAAGAAGGGCAGUGCUCCUCUGGGAAGAAAUACCCCAACCAUUGCAAGAAUAGCUAGUUGCUUCCCUCAUAUUGUCUGUUACUUCCUGUCUCAAGGAGUCGGCAAAACAUACAUUGAUGAAUCAGUGAUAGAAAAGACAGCUGGACAACAAUUGCCAAGACUCAUGCUAACUAACAUUUUUGUCGGGUUGGUUCCUCAGACGGGGGACAGUGCUGAGUUAAUAGACUAUUGUGAAGUCUAUCACUCCAUGUUAGACAUGAAAUUGUCAGAAAAGAACCCUAAACAGUUAAGUGAUGCAGUUAGGAAUGUAGAGACUUAUACCUCCGCAGCAGUGAACUCAAGUUUUCUUAGCCAAGAAGUAAAGAAAUUCUUCUUAGGUGUCUUUGGUUUAACCCAAGGUGACACAUUAUCACCACAAAUUAAAAGAAUUUGUGUUGGCUCACGCAUCUUGUGGAAUUAUGCUAUCACAUCAAAGGAUCUACCUGGGUACUUUGCAAACGUAGCGAAUAUUCCAGCAAUGGACCCAAUUGAAGAAUUCAAAACUGUGGAAAACAUGGACAACCCUGCCAAGUUCUCAGGAGAUACACUGGUCAUUCUUGUAUCCACCAUAAUGACUAGGGGUUUGUCUGCAAAAGAUGAAUGGCCUUCUGGUGCAGAGGGCAUACCUAACAUGCUAAUGGGUUCACAGACUCACGACGAUGUGAUCACCAAUAGGGAAGCCUUGAGAUUCACCCACAACGUCGCUUACUUAUUAGCAACAUUGAGUAGGGUUCUCACUGACAAAUCUUAUUAUUAUAUAAUGCUAAGUUACAUGAAAGCAGGCUACAAGAUGGUUGCACUCAUUGCAGCUGCUUUAGGUAGCCCAACUGUGUUUGGGAAUGUGGAUGUGACCACUAGCUAA